AUGCGCCCUACCCCUAAGCCCUCAUUUCUGCUCUCGGAAGUUGAUACCCCGACCCCAGGCAGGCGCUCCGUCCAAAUGGUCGAGACUCGAGGCGCGCGGCCAUCAUUCGAUGGCCAGGAAACAUCUGACUUUCCUCCCUUCCCCUCUGAUGGAGGUGACAUUGACCAAAAAGUGCCUCAUUCCCUCGAUGAUGAGGAACAUGGCUCGCCUCCGGCUGCCAAAAAGCGCCGUACAGGCGAUGGCCCCGACGGCGAUAUUUCUCUGCCCGACGAAGUCAUCCUGAUGGCCGAUCAGCAUGGCCCUGGUCAUAAAAUCGAAGAAGAAUUGGCCUCGGCUCUCGGCGAAGGCGUUAUUGACACCGUUGAGCAAACCGAUCAUAAUGUAAACCAAGCUCUUCAACAUGGCACACAUGAGACCCAUGAUACCUCUACCGGGGUCGCGACCACUCAGGACAGUACCUCUGAUCUCAAUCCCGACGUGGCCACAAUCAUUUCCGAGAUCAUGGAUCACACAGAGCGCCAGGAACAAACCGUCGCAAUGGGACCUCAAGAACUACCGCCGUCGAACGAUUUCCCGGGAGCCAGAGGUUUUGCUUUCCUCAAGGCCAACUCUCACCUCAAGAUUCAGAGUCUCCCUAUCCUGGACAAUCUCUCUACGCAAAUCUUGUCGUUCCUUUCCAAGAACACCUACCAAGACCUCACUGCUAUGGUGUCCGAACCUGACUCCGAAAAUGGCCAAGCAUAUGCCACCAUGCGCUCCUUGUUCGAUCACACAAAGCGAGUCUACACCGUCAAGCACUCAUUCCUUCAGCCUACGGACCUUGAAAUCACAGACCCUUCUCAAAUUGAUGUCAUUCGCAAAGCGAAUCUGGCGUCCUUUGUGUCGAGUAUCUUCGGAUCUCAGGAAAUUGGGUUUGCGGACCUCAACGAUCAUUUCUUAGACGUGUUUGUCCCUGAGGGUGGUCGUUUACUGAAGGUUCAAGGUGCUUUGUACCUCGAACUUAAGACACAGGCUUUCAUCGCAGCCAUGCAUAACAAGUCUCUCACCCGUACGCAGCUUCUCUACAAUCUAUUCCCUGACGACAUGGAACAGCGGUUGCUGGCGAGACGUCCUGGUACCCGACAGCUGGCCCCAUCUGAGACGGAUUUCGUGAACCGCCUCACCUCUCGCCGUGACAUCCUUCUCAAUGAGAUUAACAACGAGGAAGCGCUGAAUGCCCUGCCAGAUAAGUACCACUGGGAAGAUUUCCUCCGAGAUCUUAGCUCCUACAUUUCCAAGAACUUUGACGCCAUCAAUACCCAACAGGGAAAGAAAGCUGUCAAGGGACGUCAGCCAUCAAGUUCAAAUGGCGAUGCUCACGAGUCACCCAACACCACCCACCAGGGUCAAUUCUCACUCAACCAACAAGUUGAAGUCCCGGUGGACCGAAACAUGCAUGGCGACCUUGUCGCGCGUGCUGCCCGAGCUGCGCAGAUUGCCCUCCAGGGACAUGGCCUCCGACGCUCUCAGCUGCAGUCGCAACAACAGCAUCAACAACAGCCUCAACAGACCCAGUCUCAGGCUAGCCCGUCACCUCUGCCGCAGCAACCCCAACACCAGCAGCAACAGCAGCCGCCACCACCACAACAACAGCAGCCGCCACCACAACAGCAGCAACAACAGCAGCCGCAGCAGCAGACGAGCCAACCCGAGAACCAGUAUCUUCAUGGCUACACUGCUGCACAACAACCGCAGCCAGCUCACCAACAAUAUCAUCAUAGCCCCACCCCCCCGGGAGGUUAUCAAACACAGCAGGCCUCUCCCUUGACUUUCCAGCAGAGCCCGUUGCAGGCCACCUUCCAGCAAUACAACCCCAAUGCAGCACAAGCCAUGCAAGCCAGGGCGAAUGGCAUGUCCUCCAACCAUGGAUACAUGCCGGGGAUUCCCCAUUACUCUCAGUCACAGCCCACUCAGGUCCUCUACGAACGCGCCCGGAUGGCCGCUUCCGCCAAGUCUUCCCCGACUAGCCGCAAAUCUGGUCUUCCCAGCCAACGUCGACCCUGGACCACUGAAGAAGAGAAUGCGUUGAUGGCCGGCCUGGACCGCGUCAAGGGUCCCCACUGGAGUCAGAUUCUUGCUAUGUUUGGACCUGGUGGAACGAUCAGCGAAGCACUCAAAGAUCGCAACCAGGUGCAGCUGAAGGACAAGGCUCGUAACUUGAAGCUCUUCUUCUUGAAGAGUGGAAUUGAGGUACCAUACUACCUGAAGUUCGUCACUGGCGAAUUGAAAACCCGCGCUCCUGCCCAGGCAGCCAAGCGGGAAGCCCGUGAAAGACAGAAGAAGCAGGGCGAAGAAGACAAGGCUCACGUGGAAGGAAUCAAGGGUAUGAUGGCACUUGCUGGAGCUCAUGGGGCACCCGUGUCAGGCCAUGAUAUGUCCGCCUCGCCUAGCCUUCCACCGGAUGCCAACAGCCAAUCCGUGUUUGAUCAAACUGCGGAACAGAACCUCAUGCAGACGCUGAGCCAGGAGGUACACGGAAGUCAGUAUCCUCAGCAGCAUGCUCAGCCAACUCCUGACCACAUCGAUCCUCAUAUGCAGUUGGGACAGUAG